AUGGUUUUAUGGUCUGCAUAUAAAUUCCUCUAAUUUAAAAAAAAAAUUGAUAGGUUCUUAUCCAAUCUGCCGAAAAAUCAAUCUUUUUUCUUUCUAUUAUUCUAUUGAUAUUUCCAAAUGGCUCUUUUUCCGUUGGAAUCUAAUCCUGAGGUAUUGAACAAGUUUUUGCAUAAGCUUGGGGUUUCCGAAAAAUGGCAAUUGGUUGAUGUCUUUGGUUUAGAAGAUGAAGCUUUGAAUUGGAUUCCCAGACCAGCUUUGGCAUUUAUUUUACUUUUUCCAUGUAGUGAUAAAUUUUACGAACAUGCAGCACAACAAAAAUCUGAGCUUCAACAACAAGAUCAAAUUGUAGUGCCUGAUCUCUAUUACAUGAAGCAAUAUGUUUCCAAUGCUUGUGGUACCAUUGCACUAAUACACUCGGUUGCUAACAAUGCAGAAAGAAUUGAUUUACAAGAUGGAAUAUUCAAGACAUUUUUGGAUGAUUCAAAGGGUCUUUCGCCAGAAGAAAGAGGCAAACUUUUGCAAGAACUUCCGAAUAAUCCACAUGUAAUGGAUAUGAUCAACGCACACCAGGAAUUAGCUCUGGAAGGACAAACCGAGUUAAAUCCUGAUGAGAAAGUAAAUCACCAUUUUAUUGCUUUGGUGGAGAAAGGUGGAUAUCUUUAUGAACUAGAUGGUAGGAAGGAAUUUCCAAUCAAUCAUGGAAAAACAACGAUGGACACUUUUAUUGAUGAUGCAGCAAAAGUCUGUAAAGAUUUUAUAGCAAGAGAUGCAGAAGAUGUAAACUUCACAGUUAUGGCUCUAACUGCUUGUGAUAAAUGAAGAGCAAAAAUAAAAAGACCAAAGAAUAAUAACUAUAUCUAUAACGCCUUAUUUAUUCUAAAAUUUCUAUGCAGUGUUUAUUUUUUUUUAUGAAAUUCUAGCAUUGUUCUUAAUCAAAUAAAGCUUUGCUUUGUUAA